UUGGACGCCGAUAACUACGAGACGGACCCGCGCCUGAAAGAGAUCCGCAGCGCGGAAAAUUACUCGUGGAUGGAUAUAAUAACCAUACACAAAGACAAGCUCCCGAAUUACGAGGAGAAGAUAAAAACAUUUUAUGAAGAACACUUACACCUAGACGAUGAAAUUCGCUACAUCUUAGAUGGAUCUGGCUAUUUUGAUGUUCGAGACAAGGAUGACAAAUGGAUCCGGAUUUCCAUGGAAAAAGGAGACAUGAUAACCCUCCCUGCUGGCAUUUAUCACCGAUUUACACUGGAUGAGAAUAAUUACGUGAAGGCAAUGAGGCUGUUCGUUGGAGAACCUGUCUGGACAGCAUACAACAGGCCGGCUGAUGAUUUUCCUGCUCGGAAACAGUAUAUGAAGUUUUUGGCUGAUGAAGCACAGUAAUGGUGUCUAAGACCUGACAGGUGGAACAGCUCGUCAGAAUAAAUGUGCCUGGUGGCUUUUCACUGAUUAAACUUCUAUUUAC